AUGAAGUCAGGCCAGUUUUGUUUUUCUUUUUGUUUUCAAAAAGUAAUCUUCUACAGUAGCUAUGACUUGCCCAAUAUCCCCACUGCAGUACAGAAAGAGGAAAGGUUUCAGCAUAGCAUCAGCAUCACUUGGUGUGGGGGCUGCUGCUGCACUAGGGAAUGAACUUUAACGAAACUUACCAGGCCCAACACCCAGCAAGUGUGCACCUUCAAGGAGCUGGUGUAUGAGACAGUGAGAGUGCCUGGCUGUGCUUCCCACACAGACUUCCUGUACACGUACCCAGUGGCCACUGAAUGUCACUGGGUACAGUGUGACAGUAACAGCACUGUCUGCACCGUGCGAGGCCUGGGGCCCAGCUACUGCUCCUUCAGUGACAUGAACAAGUAA